UCAAAGGUCGAGUGAAGCUGUAGCUCACGUUUUCGCGUGCCUGCGCUCUCUGCAGGCAGAACAAAGACCCAGCCCGAGGAGGCAGAGGCAGAGACCCAUCUUAAAUCUUUUUCCUGAGGUAAUUUUGGAAUCAUGCCUGAAAUGCCGGAGAACAUGGAACAGAUUGCUGUCUUUAAAUUUAUAGACUUAGCCACCACAGGAACUUGGAUAUUGUCUGUGUAACAGUGGCGUUUUUGUUCACAAAGAAACUUCCAUUUUUAAAAAGAAUGAUUAAAACCCAUACACGAACAUGUGCCCCUGGAACCAUACCCACGUUUUAUCUGGCAAACAUGAAAACAGAUCCUCAAAUGCAGGAGGAAGUUAACAUCCCCAACAGGCGGGUUCUGAUUACUGGUGCCACUGGGCUUCUUGGCAGAGCUGUUUACAAAGAAUUUCAGCAGAAUAAUUGGCAUGCCGUUGGCUGUGGUUUUAGAAGAGCAAGACCAAAAUUUGAGCAGGUUAAUCUCUUGGAUUCUAGUGCAGUUCAUCACAUCAUUUAUGAUUUUCAGCCCCAUGUCAUAGUACAUUGUGCAGCAGAGAGAAGGCCAGAUGUUGUCGAAAAUCAGCCGGAUGCUGCUUCUCAACUUAAUGUGGCUGCUUCUGGGAACUUAGCAAAGGAAGCAGCUGCAGUUGGAGCAUUUCUAAUCUACAUUAGCUCCGAUUAUGUUUUUGAUGGAAUAAACCCACCUUAUAGAGAGGAAGACAUACCAAGUCCCCUAAAUCUAUAUGGCAAAACAAAAUUAGAAGGAGAAAGGGCUGUCCUGGAGAACAAUUUAGGAGCUGCUGUUUUGAGAAUUCCUGUUCUGUAUGGAGAAGUUGAAAAGCUUGAGGAAAGCGCCGUGACUGUUAUGUUUGAUAAAGUGCAGUUCAGCAACAAGUCUGCGAACAUGGACCACUGGCAGCAGCGGUUCCCCACACACGUCAAAGAUGUGGCCACUGUGUGUCGUCAGUUAGCAGAGAAGAGGAUGCUGGAUCCAUCAAUUAAGGGAACCUUUCACUGGUCUGGCAAUGAACAGAUGACUAAGUAUGAAAUGGCGUGUGCAAUUGCAGACACCUUCAACCUCCCCAGCAGCCACUUAAGACCGAUAACUGACAGUCCUGUCUUAGGAGCACAACGUCCGAGAAACGCUCAGCUUGACUGCUCCAAAUUGGAGACCUUAGGCAUUGGCCAGCGAACACCAUUUCGAAUUGGAAUCAAAGAAUCACUCUGGCCUUUCCUCAUUGACAAGAGAUGGAGACAGACGGUCUUUCAUUAGUGUAUGUGUGUUGUUGUUGUUUUUUUUAAAUGAGAAGUCAAGUAUGUGGCACUUUUUAAAGAAAAAAGGAAAUAGUUUUGUACGAGUGCUCUUUGUGACUCAUGGUCUUUCAGGUAAAUGAUGCUCUUGCACUAGUGAAACUGUCUAAGGAAACCAAGGUCAGUAAUGCCUUGUUUGAAGUAAUGAGUUUCCUGUUUAUCAUUUUGUUCUGGCUUAACUUGCUAUUUGAAUAUAGUAAAUUAUGAUUCUCAAACAUUUGAGAGCCAGGAUGAAACACAUCUGCUGUAGACAUUUUUUUGGAUGAAAUGCAUUGUUCAUUCCUAUAAAUAACCUCUACAUUUUCAGGACUUUUGCAUCUGUUGAUCCUUUUAUGUUUUAAACUGUGUUAAAUAGUAUAAAAAUAGUAUAAAAAUUGGUGUCCAUUAUUUGCUUUGCUCGAGCUCAGAUCAAAAUGUUUGAAGAAAGAAACUUUAUUUUUGCAACUUAAGUGUAGUUUUUAUGCUUGAGAUAUUUCAACUUGUUAUGUAUAUUGGAACUCCUGCAGCUUGAUGCCUCCUGCUUUUGUAGCAGUGAAUGGUGAGCCUUUGAGAGAAUGUGUGUAUGUGUAUGUAUUUUUUUAAUAUAUAUGAAACUGUCCUUUUCACUCCAUGUCACUAAGUGAUAUUUCAUAUGUGUGGUUAUAUCAAUAGUAAUGGGCCUUGUAAGUCUUUUGACCAUUCAUGAAUAAUAAUAAAUAUGUACUGCUGGCA